CUGCACUUUGUGAAUGGUCCGGUAGUCUUCUGGGACCUGUCACUUGUUCACAGUGUUUGGUCAUCUCCUGUACUAUGUUCACAGUCUCUGGUCAUCCCCUGUGCUAUGUCCGCAGUCUCUGGUCAUCCCUGUAGUAUGUCCGCAGUCUCUAAUCAUCUCCUGUACAAUGUCCGCAGUCCCUGGUCAUCCCCUGUACUAUGUCCACAGACUCUGGUCUUCCCCUGUACUAUGUCCGCAGUCUCUGGUCAUCCACUGUACUAUGUCCGCAGUCUCUGGGCAUCCACUGUACUAUGUCCGCAGUCUCUGGGCAUCCCUGUACUAUGUCCGCAGUCUCUGGUCAUCCCUGUAGUAUGUCUGCAGUCUCUGAUCAUUUCCUGUAGUAUGUCUGCA